AUGAAGCUCCUCAUUUCCCUCGGCUUUAUCGCGCUCUUUCCACUUGUUUCUCGCGCUCAAUACACGAAUAAAUGCACUUUGCUGGAAGUCCGUAAGGAGUGGAGAGCUUUGACUAGAGCAGAGCGCAAAGCUUGGAUUGACGCCAAUAAUUGCCUGAACAAGAAGCCUAGCAAUGGAAAGCUCAACCUCGAGGUCGACACAAGCAAAUACAACAAUCCUUUCUUUUACAUUCCUCCUUACAACAGUAGUGGAUCUUAUUACGAUGAUCUUGUUUAUGUCCACAUGAAUUUGAACCCUGUGAUUCAUUUUACUGGUCAAUUUCUCCCGUGGCAUCGAGUGUAUUUGUUUGAACGGACGAAUGCUCUGCGACAGGAAUGCGGAUACAAGGGUGUAGCGCCGUAUUGGGAUACGGUGGAUUUUGUAGGCAGCAAGAUAUGGGAUACCGACCCCAAGUCUGGGUUAGGAGGAUUCAGCAAUGACUCUUCAGAUGACUAUACAAUUCAUGAUGGAGCACUUGAUAUUUAUCUCACAUAUCCAUCACCACACAAGCUUCGACGACAUUAUAGACCUUAUCCAUACAAUAAUCCAAGAGGCAACUACUCCAAGGUCAAGGCGACGGAUACGUUUACACCAGCAGAGGUCAGAAAGCUGCUUGCGCAGCCAGAAGGAAACUUCACCAAGUUCCAAUCGUAUCUUGAGCGACCUGUCGGAAUGCACAGCUCGAUUCAUGCCAUGUUGGGAGGAGAUAUGAGUUCGAGGUGCCCCGCAGGUACCAAAGGCUCAGAGACUUGUCCUGUUCACGAGGCUGCGACGUUUUCUGCCAACGAUGUGACCUUUCAUCUUCAUCACGGCAACGUGGACCGCCUCUGGUGGCUAUGGCAGGAGAAGAGUGAUAAAAAUAAAUAUGCAUUCCAUGGGGGUUCUGUUCAGAACACAUCAGCGCUUGACCAGUAUCCCAAUGGUCAGCCUCCUUGGCUGGACAAAUCGACACGUGUUCCUAAUGAUGAAGCACUAUCCAAGUCGGAGGCCGAAGAAUCCGAGCUAUCCCACUCAUUGGCUGAAAUCAUAGCAGACCGUGACCGUAUUCGAACUGCCCUCGCGAGGCUUGAGAAUCUCGUUCCGAUGCUAGAUGGGCUGGUGCAAAACGGAGACACGCUAAAGAGAAACGUAGGGAAGACUGCAGAGACUGCAGAGCGUGUUGGAGCUGGGGUUAGGGGCCUUGAGAGGGUCAUGGGACGGGUUAGGAUUGCAGCAGAGAGAGUGGGCCAAGUUGCGGAUGCCAAGGCAUCGUUAGCCGCCCUACAAGCUGCUAUGGAACAACGAGACUGGGAGACCGCCGCGCGGCAUUGUGCACGGGCAAUGGCUGUCCCGAAAGAAGUCAUGGAAGGGCCAUUUGCUCAGGUCGCGAUUCCAUCCACAGACCUCCCCGAUCCGCCAACUCAGACCCUCGCCGACGCGCGCACUGCCCUUUUAGGCGUGUUCAGGAAAGAGUUUGAUGCGGCUGCAAUUGCCCGAGACCCAGUAGCAAUCUCGAGGUUCUUCAAGCUUUUCCCAACGAUCAACUGCCCUGCAGAUGGUUUGGCUGCGUAUUCUGAUUUUGUACUAGAUUUAGUGGCGAGAAGGGCGCCACCUUCUGUUAAAGCAUCCUCACCGGUAUAUUAUACUGCCGCCCUAACUGCAUUAUAUGAGUCUGUAGCAGGACUGAUUGACCAGCACCAGCCCAUUGUGGAGAAAUAUUAUGGAUCAGGGAACAUGCAUACCGUGGUCGCGAGACUACUCCGCGAAUGUGACCGAGUGGUCAACGGGUUGUAUGAUGGGUGGGAGGAAGAACGGGACAUUUCACGAAAGCUAUCGGAUGCCAGGACCGCAACAUUCCAAACGCUUGUCCCUGCAGCUCGUGCAAAACCAGGCCAACUUUCGGCCAUAGACGACUCAGGACCAGACCCUCGGGAAAUCGAUCGCGUGCUGGGUGAACUGGCGACAAUGGCAGGAAGGUGGGCGCUGUUUAGACGAUUUUUGGUUGACCGGUUGGAGGAUGAUAUGACACCAUCAGCGCCUCCCACCCCAGACGGCACCACUCUCCUGUUCAAACCGACAACUCCCGGUCCUGCAACCCCUGGGUUCGGACUCAAACUCCUCACUCCUGCCAAUACGUCCUUUCAAAAGUCCAUCGAACCCGAGCCAGAAAAAGAGCCAGAGCUAUCGCCACAUAAAAAAGCUCUUGAAAUAGUCACGCAAACCGGAACACAUGUUAGACUGGGGACCUUGUUCGAAUCCACGUACUCUCCGCUGGAGACAUGGCACCUACGUGCGGCUUUGGACCGGGCGCACGUGAACUCUGCGCCUGCCAACCCAGGCUCGAUGGGUACUGCUCAGACGAGCACUACGCCUGACGAUGCGUUCUUUAUUCUACAUUUGACGCUUUCUCGCUCCCUGUCCUCUGGAUCGGUAGUCUGCGUCAAGAAAACCGUGAAGAACGUACGGGAAGUAGUGGAGCGCGAUUUGGUUGGAAUCGUUAGGCGGAGGAUGGAGGACUGUUGGAGGACCCCUGUGGCUGGAAAAAAAGGUGCUGGAGAAGACAGGGUUGCCAUAUUUGUUACGUAUCUCAAUGAUCUAUCUAUGUGCGCGCAUCAUGCGGAGCGUUUAGCACACGAUUUGGCAAUGUCUUCUUCCCUUGCACAAGGGUUCUUGGAGGACGAAGUUGAGGAAGCACGUGGUAUAGUUGCAGGACUAAGUGAUUUGGGUGGGUUCAAGGGAGUUGUCAAGACUGGGAUCGAUAACCUGUUCACUCAGCUUGUUAAACCACGAUUACGAUCCUUGAUACCGGACGUAUACAAGGAUGUCACAUAUGUACUGGAUGAAUCGACUUAUAAUACCGCUGAACAUGAUGACGCUGUGAGGAAGAGAUUCGUGAAAGGGUGGGGGGAAGUUGUCGGCUCUUACAAAGACACACUAACUGAAGAAAACUACCGUGCCUUUUUCGCUCUCGCUGUCGAAGUUGUCGUGAGGCCAUGGGAAAAGUAUAUUAUGGGAAUGAAAUUCACUGAAUUGGGUGCCAUCCGAUUCGACAGGGACCUACGGGCUAUUAUCGGACAUCUCUCAGUUGGAGAUGCCAGAGAUAAAUUUAUCAGGCUACAACAGGUCUCUACCCUACUCAAUCUCGAUGCCGAGGAAGAUCCUGACGAAUUUUAUACUACUUCCGGAAUUGCAUGGAAGUUGAGCGCUAGCGAGGCGAGAGCUUUUUGGUCUCUCCCGUUGCCCUGUAUUGCCCGUUCAACCCCCAGAGAUUUUGACUCUGGCUUCACCUCCAAGACGGAGAGAUAUGAUGUUGCGAAGCAAAUGUUCAAGCAAGGCGCCCGCGGACGUACCAUCCCGAGCGAAGGUCUUUAUUCGGAUAUCUACCAAACCGACGAGAUUGACGCACAAGGACUCAACAAGCUACGGGACCUAGUUGUCACAACUCUGGGAGAAAUCACAAAAGAGCGAUUUACAGUUUUGCGGAGCGCCAGAGCCGGAUAUAUUUUCAACUCACAUGGGUACACACGAAUUCUGCCACGGUUCCAAAUCAUUCUGGUCCGUGCUGUGUACCAGGCCGAACUACAAAAUAGAUGCCCCACGAAAUAUCAGCAAGGCACUAGUUCGAAAGCUUUGUGCCUUCCAGCCAAACUGAGUCUUCGGUCGCAUGAGUUCCCUGAAAGCCGACCAAGCUGGGCUCAACUGAUGGCCGAAUCCUGA